AGCUCACUCUGCUCUCCUCUCACUUCACUUUGCUGCAGUCGGAGCUCGUCUGGACUUUGGGAACAGUACUGUUAUUUUAACUGCAUUUUCCAGCUGCAAACAUGGCUCAGAUCAACAUCUGCCUCAAACGCAUCUUCACCGUCUUCAACAUAUUCUUCAUGAUUGUUGGUGGAGUGGUCAUCCUCCUCGCUCUGUGGUGCCAGUUCUUCAUGAGCAUUCGAGGAGGACACAACCUGGAGGGUCGCACCACCCAACUCUUCAUUCUCCACAUUGUUGGUGUCAUCACCAUGAUGAUCGCUGUGCUGGGAGCCUACGGAGCCCACAAGGAGAGCAAAGUGGCCCUGAUCAUGUUCCUAGUGUUCAUGUUCACUGGAUGUCUGCUGAUGCUGAUGACUGGAAUCCCUGCUGCCAGCUCUUAUCCUCAGGUCAAAAGCAGAAUGGAGGAGACAUUCCGCAAGUUUGUUCCUCUGGACAAAUCUCGAAAGGAUGUGAGGAACAUGGCUGAGGACAUUCAGAAACAGUUUCACUGCUGUGGUCUGUUCAGCUCCAAAGACUGGGAGAACAUCCCCGACUCCUGUGUGUGCAGCCAGGAGGAGGAGAAGGAGGGCAAGUGUCAGACUCUCAGAAAAAAUCUUUACCAGAUUUUAACACGGCAGAAGAAGUCCGUCUACAGUAAGACCUGCUUUCCCACCAUCAUGGACCACAUCCAGUUUACUAACAAAAUCAACAUUGGGGUCAGCUUCACUCUGGCUAUUCUAGCUCUCCUUGGUGGGAUUCUUUCCUCCAUCAUGGUCUACCAGCUGUAUCGCUCCAACAGCCACACCAUGAUGAUCCUCAUGAGACCACCAAAAUACAACGAGAUGUGCAAGCCUCCACCAUACUAGUCAUGAUGAUGGAGUUUUUUCUUUUGCUAGCUUGUGCACAGAUUUCUGGAGCCCUGUUGAGUCCGUUUUCUUGAAUUUGAAAAUGACAUAUUUGGUUGAGGUUCAUGUCCAUUGUACCUUAUGUCUUCAUGAUGAAGUUGUCUAAAUUGAGAUCAUCAGUUUCAAGCGACUUGAAAAACGAUACUUAAUAAUCUUAAAUUGAAAUGGAAAUGUCAAAAAAUUUUUACUUUUACGUUCAACCUCUAUCAGAAAUCCUUAUUUUCAUUACAUUAACAAUGAGAAAAUGUCUAAAAAGGAAAAAUAACUGAAUCUAGA